ACGGGCUUCCUUCAGCCUUGACACUGCUUAAACGGAGCUGAAGUCGACCAUUAAAGGAAGAGGGAAAGGAAUACUUGGCACCUUCCCAGUUCACGGAAAGCAGAGACGUCCAGUGCUUUCUGCACCGACCGCAGCGGUGGUAGCGGGCUUCAUCCACUCUGCAACCCCUUUAAUCUACGCGUGAACUCCACUGGAGGGUUCGUCAUGGACUCGAAUGGUGUCUACAGGGAUGUGUGCGGCAUCUACCUCUCCUGGGGAUUCCAGGAGCACAUCAUAAAAGAAGCACUCGCGUAUAAGCCGAGGGAAGGGGACGUGUUCGUCGUUUCCUACCCAAAGUGCGGCACAACGUGGACGCAGCACAUCGUGUACGCCAUAUUUAACGACGGCACGUCACCUAAGGACAUGGAUGAGUUCAUGCGGAGGUCACCAUUUAUGGAGAUGAUCGGAGCUGGAGCCGCAGAAUCCAUGCCACGUCCUGGUGCCAUAAAGACACACCUUCCAUUCUCUCAUCAGCCCUACUCUCCUCAAGCAAAAUACAUAUACGUCAGCCGUAACCCCUACGACUGCUGUGUUUCAUACUAUUAUCACUGCAAGUCAUUCGCUGUGUACCAGUUCACCGAUCAGCCGUUCGACAAGUUCUUCGACCUUUUUGUCGAAGGAAAAGUGGAAUUCGGUGACUACUUUGACCACCAGAUCUCAUGGUACGACCACAGAAACGACAACAACGUGCUCUUUAUCACAUACGAGGAACUAAAGAAGGAACCACGCGCCGGAAUUCUAAAGAUAGCCGAUUUCCUGGGAGAAAAGUAUGGCAGAAAACUGCGGGAGCAACCGCAAACUUUGGAAGGGGUGUUGAAUGCGUCCAGCAUGAAGACCAUGAAGGGGUUCAACGAAGAAUUCAAGAAAUGGGGGACAAAGAUGGUGGAAAUAUUGGAAGCCGCCGGAAAAUACCAGCCGCCCGCCAUCGAAUCAGCGGAAGUAUUGACGGCUCCAAUGACAGGAGAAUUUGUACGUAAGGGAAUCAUCGGUGACUGGAAAAACCACUUCACUUCGGACCAAAUAACGCGCAUGAAAAGCAGGAUAGCCUUGAAGACCAAGGGGAGCACUCUGAUGAGUCUGUGGAAGGACAUUGGUCUCCCAUGAGCAUCAUGUUUCUUUGUCAAACACUCAAUCACUGUCACUGUUUAAAGUCAAACGCUCAUUACCUCUGCA